AUGGAACUCUUUGCCGGGUUUAACGCCGAGGAACUCGCCAUGAUGCAGGAGCUGCUGAGACUGUUGCUGGAGGAUGACGAUCCGAUAACGCAGCAGCCGACCCCGCGCACGAGCGCUCGACAGGACAGCCAGGCCCUCUUCGAAGGGCUCACUUCGCCCAAGCGGUCUGGUGGAAUGAUGGUAAACGAGGUUGGCUGGGGAACGGUGGCCCAGACCGGCAUGGCGUGGACUGCCGCGCCCCCCGUGAUGCCUCCAACGCCUCAGUUCGCCACGACGGCGUCCAGAACUCGGACGAGAAGCAACUUCGCCAGUGACGAAGAGCCGCUCCACAAGCGGGGACGCGUCGACGUUGCCCCAGCCAUGAGGGUGCCCGUGAACGUGAACCACAUCCCGCUCUCCGAAGGCCCGCGCGCGGGCUACCACCCGUACUAUUAA